AUGCGGACACUUUCUCCGGUUCCUCCCAGGUCCUCCGCCUCUCCGUCUUAUCUCGAGAAGGACUUGGCAACAUGCUCUCACGUCUAUCUCCGAUGUGAUCGAGUCCGCCGGCCCCUGGAACCACCCUACGAUGGCCCAUUCCGAGUUAUCUCUCGUGGGACGAAGAACUUCCGCAUCCAACGCGGCACUCGCGAGGAGGUCGUGAGCGUGGACCAUCUCAAAGCUGCCGUCCCGGACACUCCUCCGGAUGAGCCCUGUGGUCCCCUACCCCCUACUCCGCCUCCCCGACCCUCUAUUCCACCGUCCCGUAUACUUCCUCUGUCCUCAUGUCCACAACUCCCAACUGCAACUACCCCUUCAUCAACAAACAACACUGUAACCGCGAGCCAUACUCACUCUAAUCUUGUGCCCCCUGUAUAUAUCACCCGUAGUGGACGCCAUGUUCACUUUCCUGACCGUUUCGUUACUCAUGUUUUUUAGACAUCAACAGUUCCUUCGGCGCCGCUACGCGCCACCUUCGGUCUAGCCGGGGGGUACUGUGGCGGUUCGCGUCUCCUCGCUUUCCGUCUUUGUCACGCUGCCCUCCUGUCCGCCUCACACUCCUUGUCGAUGCGCUGA